AUGGGCUGCUCAGGAUGGUGGCUGCUGUGGACCGCCUGCUUGCUGAACACCUUUCUGCAGCACAGUGCGGUGCGCGUGAUGGUGCGGGAGGCCAAUGUGGAGGCCAUCCAGGGGGACUCUGUGGUCCUGCCCUGCUCCUUCUUCACCAUGAUCCCCCUCUCGCGCCUCAACAUCAUCUGGACCGUAGCGCCAGUCUCCGACCCCGACUCUCCCUCACAGGUGAUAGUGUAUGACCAAGGGCAGGUGAUUGAGAGCCCUGCCUUCACUGGCCGCGCGGGGUUCACAGGGAUCCCGUGGAGUGCCGACGUGAUCCUGAACGACACACGGGUGUCCGACUCGGGCAUCUACCGUUGCGUGGUCAGCAAUCCUCCAGAGGUGGGAGAUCCGGGGAUCGGCGAACUCAGUCUGAGUGUACUGGCGCCCCCCUCCCUGCCCGUGUGUCUGUGGGAGGGCGAAAUAGAGGCCGGCGGCAGCGUGACGCUCUCCUGUGCCGUCGCCGAGGGAGUGCCCACCCCCGAGAUGCGCUGGGAGAAGACGUCGCCGGACAAGAUCACGCUGCCCCUCAACAUGGACAGUGACAUGUCAGGCUCUGUUCAAAUGGCAAAUAUUUCGGCGCAGACAUCUGGGGUAUACCGCUGCUAUGUAUCCAACCUCCUGGGCAGUCACAGCUGCUACAUUAACCUCUCUGUGUACACACCACCAGACAAUUCCCCUGGGAUCCUGCAGGGGGUGCUGCUGACCCUCUCCAUGGCGCUGCUGCUGCUGGCCCUGCUGGUGCUGGUGCUGUGGCUGCACCGCUCCGGCCAGGAGAGGAAGAUGAGGAGCCCCAAGGAGCAAGAAGAAGAGGAGGAGUGCUACAACGAGAUCCGAUACACCCCCUCGCUCAUCAAGCGCUCCUUUGUGUAAGCCAGGGAGCGCUUGCUGGGCCUACCCAAGAAUUAACAAGUUCCCACCAAAACCUGGGUAGCAGCCUGCUUAACCACCUGGACACUUUCA